CCUCCAUUGCGUGACCUGGAAUUAAAAUCCCACGAUGGAACGCUGAUUCAAAUUGCGUUUCCUGCUGAAAAUAAUGUUAAUUUCCAUACUAUUCGGAAAGGAAUCAUUUUCUGCCUAGACUGGGCUCUUUUUCCAAGAGUAAAGACUUAUAUAGGUCAUAUGAAUAAUGCACGAGCUCAAAAUUGUAGAGAUUUAUUGCACGUAGCAGCUUACGACGCUCAACAGACUAAAUAAUGCCUUAUAAACUAAGGAUAUCUGAGGAGGAGGUACGGGCAGAAUUAAUGAGACUGGGUUUCACUAACUUACCAGAUGAAACGGUGGAAGUUUUUCGUCGAGACCUCCUCAAGCUGAUUAAAAGUGACCUCCGUAAGCUUAGGCAGGACAAACAGUUAUUGGAAAGCUCAAGGGAAGAUACAACAUACCUGAGCCCCCCUGUUACAUUAGGUAGACACGGUCUCACUCGAGAGAAGGUAAAGCGGCCGGAAGCAUCAACACCUCUCUCACCUGGAAGGCCAGUGAGUUCAACAAAGCCGAGUAGUAAGGGUUCUAAGCAUCUGAAUGCUGACAGUACAACUUCAUCAGCAAGUGAUGAGGAUACUACUGUAGAAAGUGGAUACUCAGACUUUGAGAGUGAGUCUUCUAGGCCAUCCUACUCCUCGGAGGAAGUAGAUGACUCAUCCUCCUCCAUUUACCUAUUAAGAAGAAAUGGCCAAGCAGGAGCCAGACCUCAGGCAAUCGACCCAUCAGCCAAGAGAGGGGCUUUCCGACCGUCGCAAAGAGAAUCCAAAGACUCGGCAGAAGAUUCACAUCGAGAUUCCCAGGAGUCAGCAUUUGAUUCACACAAGGUGACAGAAGACUCUUCGGUAGAUUCUCACAGAGGGUUCAAGGACUCUGCUGUUGCAGCCCCAAAGAGUUUGGCUAAGGAGAGGCAAGAAGUUGCAGUCAGACCUAAGAAAAAACCUGUGAAGGCUACUG